AUGUACCCAGCAGUACGAGGUAUUGAGCCAACAUACAUGUACCCAGCAGUACGAGGUAUUGAGCCAACAUACAUGUACCCAGCAGUACGAGGUAUUGAGCCAACAUACAUGUACCCAGCAGUACGAGGUAUUGAGCCAACAUACAUGUACCCUGUAGAACUAGGUAUUGAGCCAACAUACAUGUAUCCAGUAGAACGAGGUAUUGAGCCAACAUACAUGAACACUGUAGAACGAGGUAUUGAGCCAACAUACAUGUACCCUGUAGAACGAGGUAUUGAGCCAACAUACAUGUACCCAGUAGAACGAGGUAUUGAGCCAACAUACAUGUACCCAGUAGAACGAGGUAUUGAGCCAACAUACAUGUACCCUGUAGAACGAGGUAUUGAGCCAACAUACAUGUACCCAGUAGAACGAGGUAUUGAGCCAACAUACAUGUACCCUGUAGAACGAGGUAUUGAGCCAACAUACAUGUACCCUGUAGAACGAGGUAUUGAGCCAACAAACAUGUACCCAGUAGAACAAGGUAUUGAGCCAACAUACAUGUACCCUGUAGAACGAGGUAUUGAGCCAACAUACAUGUACCCUGUAGAACGAGGGAUAUUCCUUCAACACAAAUUGAGUCCCAGGUUAUCUUUAUGUAAAUGUAGUCUCUCCUACACCACAUCUGCCCCACACUCCUUCAUCACUACCCCAUUCAUCUCAAGGUUUGACUGA